CUAGAAGGUCUUGCACCAGCAUCGGAUGUAACAGGUGCUGGACACUUAUCUUCGUCAAGUGUGCCGCAUCAGGAGCAGAGAGCGAUAGCUAUGAGAAAGACGACGCCACCGGGAAAAACUUUUGCGCGAGACGACCCCGAGGAAGGGCCGACGGGCUCGAUAUACCUAGAUGCACUGAAAAAACUUCGUCCAGUCAGCAAAGCGAAUGAGCAACAGCCUGCUACCAUAAUAACCACGAACAGAAAGUCGGAAUCAAGAAUAUCCUUGCAGCAGGACGAUGAUCUUGUCGCUACUGGCACUCUUUCAGCAUCACUGGUAGUAGCUAAGACUGCAAAGACGUCGCGCGAAUCAGUAAGGACGAUGAGCGCCUGUGAUAGAGAGCUGCCGGACGACCAGGGAAAUGCGUCACCCAUCGAUGAAAAGGGGCGCGCUUCAGUUGUCGUUGCGGUGCUAGCCCCUUCUUUGCUCGCGAGUUCGACUCCCAUGGAGACGGGGACGAGGCGAAUGUCAUCAGAAGUGUCUGCCGAAGAUGCCGACGAAGGGGAAAGCCGGCCGAGCUCAGCGUCAGCGGCUCCGUCUUUAUCUUUCGUUGCUGCAGAAGGGGGCAUAAAAGCCGACGUUUCUUUCACCACGGUAUCCACCGCGGCCCCAUCGACGUGUUCUGCGUUUUCAUCAUCGUCGAUGCGCAUGAGCGACACGAGCCUGCGUGAAAUAUCGAGGCUGACGGAGCAGCCUGUGGACUCAGGUCACUCGCUCGAACCGGACGGCCGUGUUUCCAGUUCGUCCGCAGCUGCACGACAGACGUGUGUCGACCGGGAUGAGAGCGCGACCGUGGUAGAGAACGAAGCAGUAACAUCUAGUGCUAAAAAGAACAGGGAAGAAUGCAUUAUGCUGGGAAUCUCAAGUAGCAGGAUGCCGAAACUAGAUCAAGAAGGCUGUCGUGUCGCAACCAGUCUCUCCCCGAGCGAGGAGGAGACGUGUUCUGUGCGUGAUUCCUUGUUACACGGGACGAAAUCUGUCGAUGAUUCUCGUGACCAAACGCAAACGUCAGCGUCUCCAACCGACGAUGCAAAGGCACGAACCAGCUCACUGAUUGUGGGGUGCGGAAAGCACUCGAUUGUGGCGAACUCGACGUGGGGACUACCUGCCUAUGCCAGUUUCGCUUCGACUAGCAAAGUUUCGGCAUCUGAAAAUCUUGUGAGCGGCGCAUCAGACUUCAAAAUGAUAGGUGCCAAUAAGAUGCUGCACACGACGAGUCCGCUUUCCGAUCAAUACUCCUCCUGUGGAGAAGAGAUGUUUAGAGAGAAGCUCACCUCCACCCCUCCUCCCACAGAAAAUAUGAUUUCCGUAGAUUCUAGUGAGGAGAACCGCCCCCAAUCUUCAUCGGACAAGCGCAACUUGUCUCCACAAGACUCAACGUCUCCCCUUUCCGUUGCUGAAGCGAUUGGCAGAAUCAGUGAAGAGCCUGGCAUUACUCUCAGCUCGCCCACUGAAAGCUACGGUGGUACCGAGGAUUUUUCCACCUCGAAGGACGACGAAGUAGCGCUGGUUUCGAAAAUGUUGCGGGAACGCUCACCGCCAGUCCUGAAGGAGGAAGACGAUAGCAGUUCAUCGGCGUCAUCGUCAUCCGAUUCGUCGGAGACAAGUUCAGAGUCCUCUCAGGCAACCACACCUGGACGCUCACCUCGCGAAAAGACAGCGAGGUAUUUUCUUCGAAUCUUCUUUAGGCUGGGUCGCCAGUACACGAGCAAGCAUACGAGCACUUAAUUGAAAGCAAAGUAAGCAGAAGUAUGAUGAUGUUGAUGUAGUUUUUUACAUGCAUUCUGCGCUCCUCUGUUACCUCCACCCCAUUAAUUCAAAAUGUAGUGAUGACGCUGCUGCGGCUGUUGAGCAAGUGAGAUCGGCCUUGCGAGGUGUUUCGGUCGGUUGCACACCGCAGAAGCUGAUUCUUGAAAAAUAUCCCCAUCGCGGACUCUCGGAGUCUCCUCGAACUGCUGACGCAGCCUCAAUGUCUUUCUCGCCAGAACGUCAACGUGGACCCUUUGUCGGUGAGAUCAAUGUUGGGAAGAUACAAGAUCUUUCUUGCGACGAGAAUUCUGCGUCCAGGGCCCAUGUUCCGGGUGAUGCUCAAGAGCGAGACGAUACAUCACUAGAAUCUGUCGCUGACGGAGUUAACAGCAAGAAGAAGCUCGUAGCUAGAGGAAGUUUGGAGGAGGGAAGACUUGUUCCUGACGCAUCAGAAUCAUCUACUUUGCCAACUACCCUACCUCGGAGUCCAGAGCAAAGACAACGAGGGGCACUGGAAUUUCGUCCAUUGGCGGAGAAUACUGCAGAAACCACAUCAGACAGAGCACCUGCGCCAGCGGUACUAGACGCUUUCGACGCGGAAACAGAUCGUGCCUCCAAUGCUUCGACUGAGGACUCGAUGACGUUUGACCCCUGGGAGGGAUUUCCUUUGUACGAGGACAUGAUUCGCAAGUCCGUGUACGAUCUAGGAUUUGAUCCUGUGCUCUCCAAUGUCCCUGUGCGUCCGUGCGAACAGGUCAGAUCUAGAGAAGGCGCGAAAGCGGAUGAGCAGCUUGGCGACGUGCUGCGAAUGCUGAACAGCGGUGGCAUGCUCAAGAGUGGCGGAAAGACUGGGGGUCUGCCGAUCGACUUAGCGGCAAACUUUUUAGAUGCGGAUUACUCAGACACCGAUCCUUUUGACGAGCAUCCUGCAGGAGGAGCAGUCUCCUUUGGCUUUGGGUAGCGGCUCAUGUUCAUUAUAGAGUGGAGAAAUUUUCAAUCCGGCUGAUAAGGAAAGACGAACAUCAAGAUAUUGCAGACCAUCAUCAUUAGUACCCACCAUGAAACCAUUUAAUAGACACAAACACACGCGCCGACCACAUAAACAUUAAAAUACUUCGCAAACUCAUCUCGACACCGAUGACUAUGAAAUCCAUACGAUAAAUCGCCUUGUCAUAUCCAUCACUAUGCACAUUAUUCAUAGCCAUUAGCUACGCUUGAUACACUGUCACGCUCACACUUUAUCAUGAUAGAUUUGUUUCCGUUUACAUUUUCCGGAAAUACACUUCGCAUAUUUCAUCUCGACGUCGCUUCUAGAGUUAGUGAUAAAAAUCUAACUGUAUGAUUCGAUCGGGUUUCGACCAUGCUGCUGUGUGUCUUUGAUUUGUCAAUCUAUGCCAUGAACGAUCGCUGAGGAAGUGAAUUGAUUCUGCGGCUUUUACAGCCUUUUUGAUGUAGAAAUG